AACACGCUCCAAUGCAGCCGGCGCUCGCUAAACCCCUCCAUAGGACUGCCCAGAGAGCCCUCCUCUGGUCAACCUAAAACCUCGCUCUGUCUCGCUGCGCGGCCAUGGCGGCGAGGUUACUGAUCCCAAGAGCAGCGAAAACCCUAUCCCUUCUCCACCAUCCUCCCUCCGCUGCGUUCGGCUCGAUCCUCUCCGCGGCCAAGAUAUCCCAAUGCCUCCGUGGCCUCCACUCUCUUGCUUCCCAGCGUCUCCAGCCCCGAGGCCGCGGCGGAACACGGCCGGCCCUUUCCCGGUCCAUGGUCGCCGGCACUGUCCCCAGGCCCAACCUUGAAGAAGCCGUCUCCUCCGCGCUCGACGUCGAUACCAGGGUUCCGGCUACCGUGAUCACUGGUUUCCUUGGUGCCGGAAAGACAACUCUCUUGAAUCACAUUUUAACUGCGCAACAUGGUAAGAGGAUUGCAGUCAUCGAGAAUGAGUUUGGGGAGGUGGAUAUUGAUGGUUUGCUGGUUGCAAGCCAUUCUUCUGUCUCGGAGGAUAUAGUGAUGGUUAACAAUGGCUGCCUUUGUUGCACUGUAAGAGGGGACCUAGUUAAAAUGCUUUUGGAGUUGGCUGGGAGGAAGCGUGACAAGAUUGAUCAUAUUGUUAUUGAAACAACAGGUCUUGCAAAGCCUUCUCCUGUCAUUGAGACAUUCUAUUCAGAUGAAUUGGUUGCACGUUAUGUGAAGCUCGAUGGUGUUGUUACUUUGGUAGACUGUAAGCACGCCAUGCAACAUUUGAAUGAAAAGAAACCAAGGUGGGUGGUUAAUGAGGCUGUCGAGCAAAUUGCAUAUGCAGACCGUAUCAUAUUAAACAAGAUAGAUUUGGUCAAUGAGGAUGAAUUGGAAGCAUUAACUAAGAGAAUAAAGCUUAUAAAUGGGAUGGCACAAAUAAAACAAGCCAAAUUUGGAGCUGUGGACAUGGAUUUUGUUUUAGGAUUGGGUGGAUACGAUUUAGACAGAAUUGAGUCUGAAGUUCUGGUGGAUGCAGCACAAGACACAAAUCACCAGUGUGAAGAUAGGCAUGAACAUCAUGGAGGACAUCAUCAUGGUCAUAAACAUGAUUCUGCUGUGUCAAGCGUUAGUAUAGUUUCUGAAGGAACCCUGGAUCUUGAUGAGGUUAAUGAUUGGCUUGAGAGACUUGUUGAUGAGAAAGGUGAAGAUUUGUACAGAAUGAAGGGUGUAAUAUCUGUGAAUGAUUCUACUGGGCGUUAUGUAUUUCAGGGGGUGCAUUCCAUGUUGGAAGGGUGCCCUGCUAAGCCUUGGGGGCCUGAUGAACAAAGGAUCAACAAGCUUGUAUUUAUUGGGAGGAACUUGAAUGAAGCUGUCUUGAGAAAGGCUUUCAAGGGUUGCUUAGUGUGAAUAUAUACCUUCAAAGAACCGAGUAUAUAGAAAAUUCUGCAAAUUUCAGUAGUUAGAGCUAUCUGACAUAUGACUUAGAUGUCUGAGAAUUUCAGCAGUUAGAGAUUUCUGACAUAUGACUUAGAUGGCAAGUGUUUGAAGACUUGGUCAAAAUCUCCACUUCCGAACUUCUAGAAAAUGUUUGCUUAAACUUGAUGAGGAGGACAACUAGCAAACGUGUAUCAUUCAAGUAUUAUAUACAAGAUUAUGCGAAAAAGAAUUCAAGAAAUGGUCACAGGUGUGAAUUUAAGUAUUAAUUGAGGAUCACUUCAGUUGAAUGGUAGUUUUUGCUCUUGGGCUGGGAGCAAUGGUUUGUAAUGACAUUUGUGGUAUUAUAAUAUCCAACAUUUGUUAAUAUGUUGUU